UCCGACAAUCAAGAAUAGGCCCCCAGGUAAUUAUAUUACGAAAAUUGCCAUGGCAGUCAAUGUGCUAAAAUUAACUUGUGAUUUAUUUCUAUGAAUUGCUUUAGCCAAAGUUUAUCUUCGUUGACAUCUUGGUUUUUUGUGUGAUUGACAUAACGGGUUGACACAAAUUAUUUUAUUUCCACGAUAAACCAUUAUUCAUUCGAACAACACAUAUUUUUAUGUUGGUACACAGCUUUAGAGUAGGAAAUUUUAUUCAUGUCUCACAAGUAAAUAAAAAAUAAGGUGUUGUAAAAAACCUUAAAGCUAAAAAGUUGAUCGAAAUUUAUGCAAGUUUGUGAAAAUAAGAAGUGUAUUAUAGAAUAAAGAAUAGUGAACAAGCGCUGAAGAAAGGAUAUAUAUUAUUUCAAAGCCAGUGUUAUAAAAUAGUGUGACAAAUGUGGUGUUCCAGAAUUCACAACAAAUGACAGGAGCCCCAGUCAUGUACAGUGCGAGCUACUUCCCCCGCCAGCGUUGGCACGUGCCCAAGGAGCACGAGAGGAACUUUGUGGCGGCUUUCUUCCACAUGGCGACCAUCGCUCUGACCUGCACCUCGCUGGCCCAGCUGGGGUGGUUCCAUGUGCGCGGGGCCCACUGCUCCCCGCACCUCGCGGUCUACCAGUUCUUCGACCUGCGCCUGUACGACGACCCCGUGCCGGACGACGUGGAGGGCAACGACGUGGCCGCGUCGCCGGUCAGCGUGCAGUUCCUCCCGUCCAGCGGUAAGUCAUGUGUCACCAGAGAGAUAGCUAACCUUAUGCGCAUGCUGAUUCUACUCUGCUUCAUGGCAAUCAUAUCGUCUCUGGUUGGCUUCUUCCUCGACAUCGUGGGACCCACCAAGAAGAUAUUCAAGAUCAUUCGUCGCAACUCUAUACCUAGCAUUUUUACAGUGGUGUGGGUGGUGAUGAUUGUGGGUCUCUGCUACUACAUCUCGAACCGGUUGGAGAUACUGAUUCAGAACAUGAACCCCCAGAUGGAGGUCCAGGUGUCGUACGAGUAUGGGUGUUACACCAUAACUGCUGCAGGAGUUGUCGCAGUGAUCGCGACGGCUUGCAAUCUCUUCCAACAACACGGCCCUGUGGACGAGGUCCCUCGGAGGCGUCUCGUGGACGACUGGGAUGGGAUCGAGUCCUUCGUCGUGAGCGGGCCGCAGCUGCUCGACACCCCCCUCGAGAGCAUGCCUCCCCCGCCGUACACCCCGUGAAUCUCCUCGCUCUGGCGCUUCCUAUCUGUACAUAGUCAGGGUGUGUGCGCGUGCAUUUGGAACUUUGUGAACUAACUGGAUGUGUUGUUGUGGUUCUGUGGGAAUAACCAUGUAUGUGUGUGACAAAUAUCAGCGAUACACGUGUUAUUAGAUUGGCUUCGCAUUUCAGCACUUCAGAUAUUAGAGAUGCGUCAGCAAAAGUCUGUUGAAAAAUUGUGUUGAGGCCUGCUUACGUUUGUCAGAGGUUUAUGUUAAUCUAUGUGGAUUCUUUGUAUUUGGGCUAUACAGCAGCCCCCAGUUUAUUUCCUCUGUGGAUGCUCGUAGUACCACCAUGUCUCCAAACAAAGGCCGUGAAAUACACUUUUCACAGGUAAUUAUGUUUUCUUUUGUGUGCUAUAGAAGACCGGACUAUAACAGAUACUGUCUUGGCUUUUGUAAAAUGUAUUUUCUGAAUGCUAGAGAAAAUGGGAAAAUUCAAAUAUACAUAAGUAAUCUUCAUUAGGAAGUAGCAAAGGUGGACAUAAAUUUUGUGUUGGCAUGAGGGUCAUGAACAGUAAUGAUCAGCAAUCGCAGAUCAUAGAGCUUGCAGAAUAUAUGUUCAGGUGCUAUAAUUAUAUUCAGUUUGAGUGCAAACCAGCAUAUGUGCAAUAUGUGAUUCUGUGAUUUUUUUAUUAUUGACAGUGGAUAGUUCUGUUAGUUUUAAAGGAUGAAGUACUGUAGAGCAUGUUUUACUGUUGACUUUGAAAACAUUGGAAUACAUACUUUGUUACUGUAUAGGGAUGUAUGUUGAAGAAGUAGUUUUUCUUUUUAUUAUGUAUUUUUAAUUUUAAAUGUUUUUUCAACUAGGAUUUACAGUGAAACCCAUUAUUAAUGCUUCUCAAAGGUGCUGUACAAAAAUGUAAAGUAGGGAAUACAUUGAGAUUAUGACAUUUUAUUUGAAGGAUAUUGGGUGGUGAAUCUCAGUAGUUUUCCAUACUUCAAAUUUUGUCAUUAAACACACAGAUACAGCCAAUAUUUAAAAAAAAAAAAGAUUAGAUUAAAUAAUUAUUACUUAAUGCCAUCCUUUACAGGGUUACCAUCUUUGCAGUUGUUUAAUCUUUUCCAUAUUACAAAGAAAGUAACCAUUGUUUGCUGAUGUAUCAGUCAGUCCCAGGUAUAUUUUUCUUUAAAAAAAUCUUUAUUUCAGCAACAACAUUGAACUUUGUCUAAUUCAAAUACCCUCUCAUCUCUCGUCUUAAUCCUGCUGUCCCAUGAUUUUUGUCCAUCUUUGUGCUGAAUGUAAUCUUAAGUCAUCCAGAGGGGAGAGUUUAAGGGGCCUGCCUAGUCAGGAAUGUAUUUUUGUCAGUGGGGCGGGAUGAUAAGUGUGACGCUCGCUGAUUCUUGUAGCGCGGUAUCACCUCUAAGUGCAAGGUUGUGAACUGACACGCAGUCUUCUCGUCUUGCGAAGGGCAACAAUCAGAUUUGAGCGGUAACCAUAACAUUAUAUGGCUCAUAAAUGACGAUAGAUGUAACGCAAGUCCCUUGAUGCUUUAAAGAAUCUGUGCUGGGUGUUUCAUCCCUAAAACUUUAUUCUGAAAAAAAUUUGUGUCAGCUAUUUUCACUCAUAAACAUACAGUUUAAAAACAAAAUCCAGAAAAAUAACUAUACUCAUCCACACUCAGUGCGUAUUAUUAAAUGCUUUUUGUUUACAGACAUAGCUCUGGUAUAUUGAGCAGUUUUUAAAUCAUGCUUUUGUUUUACUGAAUCUCUGCACACCACAUUUCAGCCCAGAUUGGCAGGCCCUUGAAUGCUAGACAGUUAAUACUUUUAGAGAGCAUAACUGUUUCCUCUCAUGCUGGGGUGGACUGGCAAUAGUAAGAUAGUGGAGGAAGCGUGUAAGGAAGGUGCUAACCAGAAGCUGCCAUUUGCUCUCAAGGAAAAGGUGCAUAGGAACAUCUUGCUAUGCCUCAUCAGGAAAUGCCAUUCCUGUGCUCGUAACUUCAAGUAAUUUAGCAUAAACACUGUGCCUGCUAAGCCUCCAGUCAAGUUGACAGUAAAUGGUGAAGAGUAGCUAGUUGCAUAUUAUUUACAUAACCAUAAAUUCAUAGAAUUGUUUGUGACUUACAUUUUCUUUGAGCACUAUAAAUAAAGUAGAAACUCCUGUUUCACUGUAGGUCAAGCAAUUUUUGUCAAUAAACCUAUACAUAAUAGACGUUUGAUGAGAACCAGACAGUUCCAGAUAGAUACUGUAAAUAUUUUUAUUUAUAUAUUUCCAUAGUUAGAGAAUUCGUGUAUUGGGUUUUACCAAACUUUUAAAUAAAUUGUAACAGUACAAUCUACUGCGAUGGACACUCAAUGUCUCAUACUAAUUGCGGAAGAGUUUGUUUGCAAAAGUUAAGUAUGUAGCAUACCUGCAUUUCACAACUUAUUAUGUUACCAUUUCAUAUUUAAAGCACCUAGGUUUCAUCUGUUUGAAUAUUCAUAGUUGGCAACAUUUUACAUAAACAUUUUAACUGCCUAUUAAAUUAAAGCACUUUUUUUUUUUUUUAAGAUAGUUCUAAGUCAAAUUUCAAAACUUGAUCUUGUGGUUUUUUUAUAUAAGUGUGAAGAAGUUGUGUGGUUCCAUAACCCAAUAAAAUAUUUUUCUAGAGAAACUGCAAAAAAAAAAAAUCGGGGAAAGGUGUGAAUGCUUUGCAGCAUUAAAUUGUAAAUCUAACUUAACACCCAUAUUGUAAAGCGUGCUUACAAGGUGAGGGCACAACUUGGGAAAUUCGCUUUAAGAUGAGACUCGGUGUGUUAGUAGUAUUAUACAUUUUGGGUGUUCACCUCCUAAAAUAAUAAAGUGCACUGACCAGCUAUUUCCAAGAAAAAACCUUCAAAGAUUUAGGCACUGUUUAUAUACCAAUGAAUUGUCACUGAGACCAACGGUGCAGUAGCCUUGGUGGUAACAUACUUGUUUGCUGCCGAGAUGCUCAGGUUUCAAUUUCACGGACAGAAUAUUUUUUUAUUUAAAUUCAAAAAAACUAUUUUAGUAAAUCUACUGUUCACAAAUAUUAUUUAAGUAUAAAUUAUUUUAUUUUAGUUGUCAGGAAUAAUUAUUAUUUAGUUCAUAUUAAUGGAUAUUUCAAUUACAGUAAUAUUUCUAUCUUAAAAGUAUAAAAUAAUGGGUAUAAUAAUAGUUAAAAAUAAAAAUUAUGAUCUGACCUGAGCAGUCAUAUUUGUAUUAGUUUCUGUGGUUUCUAUUUAAAAGGACAUUUGUUUCCAAUGUUUGUAUGAUAAUUAUUAUACAAGUUCUCGUUUGUAAAACAACAAUAAAAUUUAUUAUAAGUAUUAUUUAUAAUUAUUAUUAUUUAUUUAUAUCUGUAAGAUUGCAUUAUUACUGUAAUUUAAAUAUGAAGUAAUAUCUAAUAAGUAGAAUUUUUUAAAAAUAGAAUAAAAUAAUUUACAUUUUAAAACUAGAUUAAUAAAAAAAUAAAUUAUUAGAAAAACUCUAGGAUUUAACUGGCCAGUGCACUUUUAUUAUUUUAAGGUAUGCUAUGCUUCUAGUACAGAGUUUCAUCCUGAAGUGAAUUUCCCCAAAUCGUGCCCUCCCCUUGUAUGUAUGCAAUUUGAUGUGUCAUUUUCAGUUAGCCACUAUCUUGGGAGAGAGCAGGAUGGCAGGCAGGCAGCAGUGUCCACACAACUUUGCUGGCCGUCCAAUCUAUUUCAUCAGAUUCCACAAAAACGUACACUAAUUUUUCAAUUACAGAGUUUGUGCUUGUGCACGUUUCGUUUCUGUGAUGGUAACUAAAAUGUUUUAACAGGUGAGAGAUUACCCUCUUUUAUCGCAUAAUCGUCGCACCUAUAUUUUUGGCCGUCAAAAUUGGGAUAAAAAAACUUCUCGCUUAAACGUUGAAGGAUGGUUUUGGUCCCGCUAUUAGAUGCCGAGCGCUUUGUGUAUGUAUCUUUUCCGUAUAAAACGAUGUAUUUUAAAGUAGAAAUCUAAUAUUUAUUCUGAUAUUACCACUUACUUAUUUAACUAACGGAAAUACAAAGUUGUCUGACGUGUAGAUUUUCUUUUAAAGACUUUUUAAACGUUAUUAUCUUUAUCUGAUCGUCUGUGUCGCCGCGGUAUACCGGUGUAGAUAUCUUUUCCGUAUAAAACAAUAUGGUAUUUUAAAGUAGAAAUCUAAUAUUUAUUCAGACAUUACCACUUACUUAUUUAAUUAACAGAAAUACAAAGUUGUCUUUUCUUUUAAAGACAUUUUUAAACGUUAUUUCCUUUAUCUGAUCAUCUGCAUUGCCGUGGUGUACCGUUUAUGAACAUGUAGCCAGCGCUAGUUGGCAUCAUUCAUGUUUGUUAUGUUGCUUCCCGUAUAGAGCACGCGCACGUAGUCGAAUAUAGAUAUCUCGCCGAUUGCAUGCAACGCGCGCUCUCUGUCCAGUGCAAAGUUAACUACAUUUGAUGGCCCGUACUCUUUCGUGGUAAGUGUGUAUUACGGCAAUAGUUACACGUUAGUUCACGUCGCAGAUUCAAGUGGCCUGCAUUUGCGUUACAGUUUGGUUUUUCUAUUUAAAGUUGAAGAAAGGUUUUUGUUUAAUGAAUUAUUAAUAUAAAUGUUUGGCGCGCUCUUGUAUACUCCACCUUUUUUUUUAACGUACUUUCCAUGGACCUUUUUUUUUUAUGAAUAACUUUACCUAACAAAAAAAAAAUGUUCUGCAUAAUCGUCUCACCCCUACUUUUCAAACUUGAUUUUAAAAUAAAAUGUGCGACAAUUAUGUGAGAAAACACUGUAACUUUUGUUUUAUUUGUUGUACAUCUAUGUUUUAUCAUGAGACAUUUUUAUUAUUAUAAAGUUGUGUUACCAUGAAGUUGAAAGCAUUAAGGUCAGAGAUAUUGAGAGCUUACUUAAUGAAGUACAGAGUCUAAAAUUUUAAACCUUUAAAUAUUGCAUCAAGUUCCAGAUUAUAAGGUGUUUUUCACAAUGUGACUGCCUAAUGGCCAGACAAUUUAAUUGUGGUCUAAAGUCUAAAUAAUAUAAAACAUCAAAGUUAAUAUUAAUUUUUUCCUAACAAAAAUCAUGUUUGUACAUGUACCUUAUUUGUGAAUUAUUUAAAAAAAAAAAAAAAAAAAAUCUUGCUCCUCAAACAAGUGACAAUGGCAAAAUAAAUUUUUGUCAUUUAAAAUUAUUACUUCCAUUGGUGUGUAGAGAUGAAAUAGUGAUUUUGUCAGUCCACUUGUCAUUUGGUCUUACAUUGAUAGCCAUCAUGUUUCAUUUUCAUCCUGUGUUUGAGUUAGUCAUAAAUUUGAAUUAAACUUGAAUUCAACAUUAACACUUUCAUGCCCACUUUUGCUUAUGCUAUUGCCUCACACAAUUCUGGAGUGAAAAUUAUGCCAAAAUACUUCUGCUCAUAUGUAAUUAAUGUUAGAAUGCAUAUUGUUUUUUUUUUUUAUUUAAUAAUAAGAAAAGAUUAAUUAAAUACAUAAUUCAUUCUUAAUCAGAAGUUUGCUGUAUUAGUGUAUAUUUAAUUACUUUUAAAAUGCUAGGGGAUCAUUUUUUAAGCAAACUUAUUUUUUUGUUUUAUUUUUAUCCCAAAGACAAAAUGUCCAGAUGGCAUGAGGGUUAUAGUAAUAAACUGUGCAAAACUAUUAUUAUUGUUUUUUGUAUGAUUUACAAUCAUGGAAGAAAAAUGAGCUAUAUUUUUGUAAAGAUAAUGUGAUGUAGUAAAGUUUUCUUGGAAUAAAGAUCGUAAUAACAAA